AUGAGAUAUACCUCUCUCUUCACCGCCGUCACGGCUGCCCUGGCCAGCACUGCCGCGGCCAUUGGCGUCUCUGGAGCCGCCGAGGGCUUCGCAAAGGGCGUAACAGGAGGUGGAAAUGCCUCCCCCGUCUAUCCCAAAACAACCGAUGAGCUGGUCUCAUACCUCGGUGACAGCCAGCCCCGCGUCAUCGUCCUCACCAAGACAUUCGACUUCCGCGGCACUGAAGGAACCACGAGCGGAACGGGCUGCGCCCCCUGGGGCACCAAUGCCAAGUGCCAGGUGGCCAUCAACCAGAACUCGUGGUGCGACAACUACCAGCCCAACGCCCCCAAGGUCGGCGUCAGCUACGACAACGCCGGCGUGCUCGGCAUCACUGUCAAUUCGAACAAAUCUUUGAUCGGCCAGGGCAGCGCCGGCGUCAUCAAGGGCAAGGGUCUGCGCAUCGUCAGCGGCGCAAAGAACAUCAUCAUCCAGAACAUCGCUAUCACGGACAUCAACCCCAAGUACGUCUGGGGUGGAGACGCCAUCACUAUCAACAACUCUGACCUCGUCUGGAUCGACCACGUCACUACCGCCCGGAUUGGUCGCCAGCACAUCGUCCUCGGCACCCAGGCCGACAACCGCAUCACCAUCUCCAACUGCUACAUCGACGGUGUCACCGACUACUCGGCCACCUGCAACGGCUACCACUACUGGGGCAUCUACCUCGACGGCUCCAACGACAUGGUCACCAUGAAGGGCAACUACAUCUACCACACCAGCGGCCGCUCCCCCAAGGUCCAGGGCAACACCCUGCUGCACGCUGUCAACAACUACUGGUACGACAACGCCGGCCACGCCUUCGAGAUCGGCUCCGGCGCCUACGUCGUCGCCGAAGGAAACGUCUUCCAGAACGUCAAGGCCGUCGCCGAGUCCCCCAUCUCCGGCAAGGUCUUCACCUCCCCCGACGCCUCCACCAACAAGGCCUGCUCCUCUUACCUGGGCCACACCUGCCAGAUCAACGGCUUUGGAAGCUCCGGCGCCUUCAGCCAGGCUGAUACGGACAUCCUCUCGAAGUUCAAGGGCAAGAAUAUUGCUUCCGCUGCUGCCUACAACACCGUUGUUUCCAGCGUUACUGCUAAUGCUGGCAACGGUAAGCUGUAA